AUGAAAUCAAUGGUCACGAAGCUCAUGAACCAUGCUGUCUCCCAGCUAUUCCAGACAAUACAUAUGGGUGCUGCUGUAGUGGACGAUGCAAAGUGGUUACUGGUAGUCGACGGCCUUGUUCGGAAACCACUCGCCCUCUCUUUGGCACAGCUCGAGGCAUUGCCUCAGACUUCCGUUACGUCGUUUCACGAAUGCUACGGAAGUCCGCUGAAGCCGCCAACCAGUAACCCAUGGCGCAUUGGUAACGUGGUAUGGACCGGUGUUCGAUUAUCGACUAUCCUCGCUCUUGUAGAUCCGCUUCCUGCAGCACGCUUUGUAUGGUCAGAAGGUCUCGAUCAUGGAAAGUUUUUUGAGUACAAAGCAGACCGCUAUCAGAAGGACUUACCUGUAACAAAGGCACAAAGGCCCGAGGUCCUUCUCGCAUGGAAAAUGAACGGAGAGCCACUCAGUAAAGAACGAGGCGGACCGGUGAGACUUGUUGUCCCUGGUUGGUUCGGUACGAACUCCACAAAGUGGCUUUGCAGGCUUUCACUGCAGGGAUCACGUGCCCCAGGUCCUUUUGCUUCUGUUCUUUACAAUGAGAAGGAUCCCACAGACCCGGAGGGCGUGAAGAUGCGGCCGGUAUGGGAGGUUGAAGUGAACUCGAUGAUGACGAAGCCCGCGGACUCAGAAGUCAUCUCUGCAGGCUUGGUAACAGUGGAAGGUUGGGCCUGGAGUCAUGAUGGCGUAGCACUGGUAGAAAUCAGUAAAGAUGAAGGACAAAGCUGGAUUCGAGGGAAGGUAGAUAACAAAGAAGAUCAGGCUUGGCAAAAGUUCACUGCCGCGGUUGAUCUUGAGCGUGGAGUUGGGAAGCUGACUACUCGGGCAACUUCUGAAAGUGGGAUGAAGCAGCCUUUGACGGGAAGACGGAAUCAUGUCCAUAGCAUCACGGUAAAUGUCAAAUGAUCAUGUAUCGUUGAUGUUCGAUUAUUUCGAGGGCAAUAGGUUCGCUGUGAC